CAAUUUUAAGAAUUAGAUCCAAACACCUUUAUUCCGAAAUGCUUAAUCUGCUCGUAUUUUUUAGAUUAGGGUGACUGAAUCACAGGUCCAUGUCAUUUUCAUCUUUAAUAUGGAAUGUUGUUCUUGCUCUCUGAGACUCCAUAAUUAUCCAAGGGCAGACUGCGUUGUUUAACUGGUAAUGAAAUAGACUUGUGAUGAAAAAGGCCUCACUAAAUAUGGAGAAGCAUCCUAAACUUGUGCAAUCUCAUGGAAGUGACAACUAUGAAUCGGGUGAUAUAGAUGCAAACAAGUGUAUCCGCAAGCAGAAAGGGCCAAGGCAAGAAGAAGGUCCAAUUUAUGCUGGAAGUAGUUAUGCUAAAAAACUCAAGAAACCUAAACAAGCCAAAAGUGAAGAAGAAUUUUUUAUUCACGAGUCUUGUAAGAAGGAAUCAAGAGAUAAAGUUUGUGAAGCUAUAUCCCAGUGGGUAUGUGAUGCAUCUAUUCCAUUUGACGCUGUUAAUUAUGCUAGCUUUAGAACAAUGAUGGAUUCUAUGGGAAGAUGUGGUGUGAGUAUAAAACCACCUAGUUAUCGUGAGAUGUGGGGUCCUCUUUUGAGUAAGGAAGCUAAUGAUAUGUUAGAUUUGAUUGAUUCUCCUGAAGAAGAUUGGGCCAGAUAUGGUUGCUCUCUUCGGGUAGAUGAACGGACAUAUCAGGAUGAAAGAACUAUUGUUAAUUUCUUGGUCAGUUCACCUAAAGGAACACAUUUUCUUCAAUCUGUUGAUGCCUCCGAUCUUUCAAAAUAUGGAGAGGCAAUGUUUCACUUGAUCGAUUUCUUUAUAGAGCGCAUUGGGGAAACAAAAGUUAUUCAAGUGGUUACUGAUGAUGCCACUAGCAAUGUACUUGCUGGAAAGCUAUUAGAAGAAAAAAGGUCGCACUUAUGUUGGAGCCCCUGUGUUGGUCAUUCUAUCAAUUUGAUGUUAAAAGACAUUGUAAAAUUGUCCGAAUUUGUUAGGACAUUAAAGCGGGCCAUGAGAUUGAACGCAUAUGUUUACUAUCAUCCAUUUUUAACAAAUUUAUUGAAGUGUCACUGUGGUAAAACAACUCUUGUCCGAGGUGGUGUGACAAUAUUUGCUACUAUUUAUCUCACUCUCUGGCAUAUACAUAAACUGAAGAAUAAGUUGAGGCAAAUGUUCCUAUCAGAUGAUUGGAGAAACAGUAAGUGGAAAAAAGAACGUGUUGGCAAGAAAUUAGCAAGGACUGUUUGGUUCCAUUGGUUUUGGAACAAUGUUGUCUAUAUGUUAAGGAUAUUUCGUCCUUUAGUUCGUGUGCUUCGUUUGGUCAGUAGUGAUAAAAAGCCUGCAAUGGGGGUAUAUUUAUGAGGCCAUGGACCAUGCUAAAGAAGCUAUUGCGACAGCUUUUGAUGGAAAAGUGGAAAGGUACAAGGAAGUAAUCAAAAUCAUUGAUGAUAGAUGGAGGAGUCAUGUUAAUAGUCCUUUGCAUGCUGCUGGAUAUUAUCUGAAUCCCGAGUUCUUUUAUUCACAAGAUAAAACAAAACCUAAAUAUGAGGAGAUUCUUAUUGGUUUUUAUCAAACUUUGGAAAAGUUGGUCCCUUCUGAUGAACAAAACAAGAUCCUAGAACAAUUGCCUUUAUAUCAAAAUGCAGAGAAACUUUUUGGGCAACAAAUUGUUAUUCGGCAGAGAAACAUAAUGUCUCCAGUUUCAUGGUGGAGUUUGUUUGGUGCCUCAGCUCCAAACUUGUAAAGGUUUGCAAUCAAAGUGCUUAGCCUCACUUGCAGUGCGUCUGGCUUUCAGCCUGAUUGGAGCAUCUUUGAGCAUCUGCACUACAAGAAAAGGAAUUGCUUGGCCCAAAAACGCUUGAACAGUUCGGUGUUUGUGAAAUACAAUCGCAUGUUGAGGCGUCGAUAUGAUGCACGUGAUCACAUCGAUCCAAUUUCUUAUGGGUACAUAGAUGAUAAUAAUGAAUGGUUGACGGGUUCAAUGGAGGGAGAAUGUGAUGAUGAUGAAGAUACGAUAAUGCCAGAUAAUGAUUUAACAUUGGAUGUGGAAUUUGAGACUGAGAAUGAAGAAAUUGAGGAAUUUGGGGAAGAAGAGGAUGAGAAUGAUGCUUUAGAGGAGGAUCCAGAUGAUUACAGUGAAGCGGAGGGGUCUGAGGACUCUUACAUGUCAUCAGACUUCGAUGAUUAGGGGGUGUCCAUUGGAGUUGACUGAAUGGUGCUUAUACUAGUACUAGACUUAAAGCAAUGACCACAAUGUAGAUUUGUUGCUGAGUAUGGCAGUGAGUAUACAACUUUUAUGAAAUG